GGAAAUGUUCUACGGCUGGAGCUGACAUCUGUCUGCCUGCUGCGGGAGGAAACAAGGAGGGGUCAGAAAGAGAAAGAGAGAGAGAGAGAGAGAGAGAGAGAGAGAGAGAAAGCUAACAGUUUCAAAACUCGACGGAAUUAGAGUUUCAAACUUCCAUAAUUUGAUAAUCUGUCGUUUAGAGAUUGGGUGGUUAUAGCCGUGUUAUAAGACUGGUCGCCUUAAUCGUUUUUUGUCUUGUUGUCAUUGUUUGCGUUCUUGUUUUUCCUGGAUUCAUUGCGUGACAGUAUGUCUCGGUCUGACUUCCCCCUGGGUUACGAUGACUCUCAUUCCCCCCUCUAUGGCCCCCAAGGUGGUAACUACCCCCCUCCCCCUGCUUAUGGCUUCCCUGCCAAUGGAGGUCCCCCAUCAGGCCAGCCCUCGUCCUUCUACCCCCCUGGUCCCCAUGGACCUCCAUACCCCGGCCAGCCUGCCGGGUACCCUGCUGGGCCCUACCCAGGCCAGCCUUACCCCGGGGGUCCAGGGUACAACAACCAGCCUAUGAUGCCACCCAUGCCCCCUAUAAUCCCUCCUACGAUGCCUAGCAGUGCACUGAGCGGCGAUGGAGAGGGGUUUGCGGCAGGCAGCUUUGACAGUCUGAAAGUGCGACACUCCUUCAUACGAAAGGUGUAUAUGAUCCUGGCAUCUCAGCUACUCGUCACUGUCGCAAUCGUGGCCGUCUUCACAUUUGUUGGAUCUGUCAAGAAGUUUGUGAUCGCAAACCCAGCUGUCUACUGGGCAUCAUUCGCUGUGUAUUUCGUCACUCACAUUGUGCUGGUCUGCUGUAAAGGACCCAGGAGGAAAUUCCCAUGGAAUGUCAUCCUGCUGGCCAUCUUUACACUGGCCAUGUCCUACAUGACAGGCACCAUAUCCAGUUACUAUGAUACUAAGGCAGUGUUUCUGGCUCUGGGCAUCACCGUCAUUGUGUGUAUCAUCACCACUGUCUUCUGCUUCCAGACCAAGGUGGACCUCACCUCAUGCACAGGCCUAUUCUGUGUCCUGGGGAUUGUUGUCAUGGUGGCAGGCAUCAUCACAGCCAUUGUACUCUCCUUUAAAUAUAUUCCUUGGCUUCACAUGGUGUAUGCGGCCAUUGGAGCAAUAGUCUACACACUGUUUCUGGCGUACCACACACAGCUGUUGCUCGGCAAGGGGAAGAACUCUAUCAGUCCAGAGGAGUAUGUGUUCGCAGCGCUCUCCAUCUACAUCGACAUCGUCCAGAUCUUCAUGUGCCUGCUGCAGCUUAUUGGUGCAGCCAACAGAUGAAUCCCCGGAAACAACUUUCCUUCUCAUCCCCUCCCCCCCUGAGACAGGCAGACUCAGCUCACCAGUGCAACUGCACUCACUAUAGAAUUAGAAUGAGUAGAAUGGAAAUGCUGGUGUACCUACCAUAGAAUGUUGUUUUGAAUGGGAACGUUCCUUCUACUAAUUCUAAUUCUAUGGAUUUGACUUCGCUAACACACAUAUUUAGCAAUUUUCAUGAAGUCUACUCUUCUGCUAAAAUGCAUCUGCUUGCGAAGACAUGUAGUAAUAUAUCAGUAUAGACACCAGUGGUGUAAAGUAACUAAGUAAAAAUACUUUGAAGUACUA